AUGUCCUCGCCAAAUCCCGUACCGGCAACGCCUCGCGUGAUAUCGCCGACACCCUCUAUAUCGGACCCGUCCGAGACGCCCGAUGGAUAUAACGCACCAGUAACACGGUCCGCAGCACGUCGCUCGCGUCAGCCAGAAGAUUCACCCGAAAGUACCAGUUCAUCGCGAGCAUCAAGAUCCCCUACGACACCCUCGGCUCGACGCAAUCGCCGAUCAAACCCCAAGAUACCCGCCUCGCCGCCGCGCUCGGCCAACGGUACUGCCUCGAACAAUCUUCUCUCCCCGUCUAGCAUUCCCGCUACCCUGCGCGACUUAUCAAGAUCACCAUCUCCCCUCGGGCUGAUCCCCCUCCACGCCCGCUACCGCAGCUUCAUUCACCGCCAUGAGAUCCCGCGCAAGGUCUUGCACGUGUCAAUCGGAUUUUUGACUUUGUCAUUAUACAGCCGAGGCGUGCAAACUCUGCAGAUAACACCUGUCCUUUUCACCGCACUAGUACCUAUCGCGGCAACGGACCUCAUCCGUCAUCGCUUCGAGAAGGUCAACAAGGUAUACAUCCGGUGCAUGGGUGCCCUCAUGCGUGAAACAGAGGUCACCGGCUACAACGCUGGUGUGACACCGCCGCCUCGACAUUCGGUCGCUUGUACGGCCGCCACACCCCCCCGUCUGCGUCCCGGAAAGAGCUUGGCUGGUACCAUGGCAGCAUGGCUCAUGGGUGUUGUCACCGCUGCUGCUUUCUGGGGCUGGUUCGUGCCUUACAUUGGUGCUUUCCCUAAUGACCCGCAAGACGCAUUUAUGUUCACCGGACGCUUGAAUCUGCUCCCGGACUGCGUUCGUGGUCUUCUGGGAUGGGAAUCCAGUGACUCGGCGGUUAUUACUGGUCCUUUGGCUUUGAGUGUCAUGAGUGUCGUCUCUGGCGUUGUUGCCGCUGGCAGCGAGUUCAUUGAUAUGUGGGGCUGGGAUGAUAAUCUGACGAUCCCAGUGUUGAGUGGAGUUGGCCUCUGGGGGUUCCUCAAGGUGUUUGGGUAG